AUGAUCGGCCACGCGAACAGACAAUUGAAAUGGACCGAAAAUAUGGUCUGCACAAGAAUUGAAAUCGACCAAAAUUCAAGACAUAUGAACCUACUCAAGCUAGACUGGGAAUUAGAUAAUAAGAAAAAGAUAUUACCUCUGACGGGCUCUACCUGGCCGGCUAGAGUCCAGAUCGAACCCAAAUCAAGCGACCUCUUGAGAUACGUUGGAGGAGUUGAAAUUGGCCAGCUUGCUACUGGCGGGUCGGGAGAUCAGCCGCCCUUGCUGAGCACGCUGGUUCUGGGGGAGCACGAGGGAGGUGCUGUUAAGGACUCAUCGUUAAGUGCUGUGGAGGCUGCUAAAUGCUUGGGUGAGGACAAUUCAAUAUCUUUGCUGCUUGCUGGUUCAGGUCCUUCUUUACAUGAAGCCGCUGCCCGUGCUGCCUCAUCACAUCCUUCGAUUUCUCAGGUCCUUCUUGCUGAUUCAGACAAGUUUACAUAUCCUCUAGCCGAACCAUGGGCUAAGCUAGUACACAUUGUACAGCAGAAAGGCUGCUACUCACACAUAAUUUCCGGAUCAGGUUCUUUCGGAAAAAAUAUUCUCCCUCGUGCAGCAGCUCUUCUCGAUGUUUCUCCCAUUACUGAUGUCACCGAGAUUAGCGGGCCUAACAUUUUCGUCAGGCCAAUAUAUGCUGGUAAUGCUCUCAGUACAGUUCGGUACACUGGCUCAGACCCCUGCAUGUUGACUAUCCGGUCCACUUCAUUUCCUUCUGAGCCUGUGUCAGCUAGUUCCGUAUCUAAUGCUGCAUCCAUUGAUAAGGUUGACCUUUCAAAUCUCCACCAAGAUGAUGCAGUUGAAAAAUCAAAGUACAUAAGCCUUUCCUCUCAAGACACAGAACGCCCAGAUCUUGGUAAUGCACGUAUUGUUGUCACGGGAGGACGAGCUCUAAAAAGUGCUGAGAAUUUCAAAUUGAUUGAGAAGCUUGCUGAGAAACUUGGCGCUGCAGUUGGAGCAACUCGUGCUGCUGUCGAUGCUGGAUUUGUCCCGAACGAGCUUCAGGUUGGUCAGACAGGAAAAAUAGUUGCUCCUCAGUUGUACAUGGCUUUUGGUGUUUCUGGAGCUAUUCAACACUUAGCAGGCAUGAGAGAUUCUAAAGUCAUUGUUGCUGUAAAUAAGGAUGCUGAUGCGCCUAUUUUUCAGCCUUGUGCAAAUGUUUUGUUUGCUUUCAACCUGUGCCUGAAUGAAUUGCAGGUUGCUGAUUAUGGACUUGUAGGGGACCUUUUUGAGAUCAUACCAGAAUUAUUAGAGAAACUUCCAGAUCAAAAAUAG